AUGCUUUCUCAACGGCGCAUGCGCCUCAUCAUCAUUGGGGUUGUCGCAUUGCUUUUCUUGACCUUCUACUACUCUGGCGAAACAAGCAAAAUCCAAAACCAAAAGUUCUACCGCUCGACUCUUGACGCCAUGAAAGCGAAAGAGGCGGCCAAGCAUGCCAAGACACAAGAGAAGAUCCAGAAUGCUAUGCAUCCCCCAGGACAAGAUGAUCCAGCAGUUAAGGUACCUAACACAGAUGCUGAAAAGCCCGCUAUACCACCUGCUACAGGGAACGAGGAUGUGGAGGAAAUCCCCAUCGCGGGACGGACAAAGAUGACUGUGCCAAAGAAGGCUAAUACGGAUACGGAUACGGAUGCACAAGCAGGGAUUGAUUCGGGAUCUAACGUGAAGACCGAGGAAGAGGAGAAAGAAGAGAGAGAGCGGGCGGACAAGGCGAAGAAGGAACAGGAGGCAAAGACAGAGCUGAAUGCGAUUCUCAAGCGUGCUCCAGUCAUCAUCUUCUCCAAAUCCUACUGCCCCUAUAGCAAGAGAGCCAAGACCAUCCUGCUCGACCACUACUUUAUCCAACCACAACCGUUCGUGGUUGAAUUGGACCAGCACCCACUCGGUCCGUAUCUGCAGGCUCUCCUCGCCCAGAACACCGGGCGUCGCACUGUUCCCAACGUUAUCGUGACCGGACAGAGUAUUGGAGGCGGAGAUGAUAUCGCUGAACUGGAUCAACGCGACGAGCUGGCAUCGAAGCUGCGACAACUGGGCGGAAAAUGGAUCGUGGAUGUUACACACAAGGUCGAUGAGUCACUGUGA